GAGCUCCCAGGGGGGUUCUGUUUCCCCGGGGGAAAAUAGAGUGGAGAGAGCAGAGCUGUGUUUGGUACAGGCGGGAUGGUGUCCUGCAGCCCAGAGCCCCUGGCAGCAGGCACGCACCAGGAGCUGGCUGGAAUGAGAUGUCCCCUCCAGACAUCCAGCCCAGGGAAUGGGGCUGGGGCUAAACAUGGUGGGGGUCUCCCAGACCCCAGCCAAAAGUUUCUGCAUGAAGUGCUGUUGAUGGUUCAGACAGACAACUGACCCUGUGCCUGCAGAGCUGAGGGCCAUUCCCUGGAGCAGAAAGGCAUUUAGCCCUUGGUAAGGGUGAAAAUCACUGUCAGAAGGGAUUUAGGAGCUGCCGCUGCAGCUGCUGUGAGCUACAGCCCUUCCCCAGUGCAGCACUGGGGUGUGGGGUGGCAUCCCCUUCCCUGGCUCAGCCCCCAGUCAGAGGGACAGGGGGACCUUGAGAGGAUAGACAAAUGUUCCCAUCCCUUCAGGAGGGUAGCAUCACACCUAACCCUGAAGAAUUCACAAUGCUGGCCCACCCAUUAGGGGAAAAAAGGGUCUUGGUGAUUAAAUGCUCAGAGAUAACAAGAGAUUAUUCUCCAAGUUCCCCCUAAAGUCUCUCUAAAUAUGAGGUUAAUGACUAAAUGAAGCCACAGAAAGUGGGCCUCUGAGCCCUUUCCUCCCAUGUGUUGCAUGGGGGCUGCUGGGCACUUCUGUCCCAGAAGGGCUGUGCUGGCUGUGUGGACUCUUCCAUCACAGCCUGUGUGGGUCUUCCCUGGGUUAUGGCUCUGCUCUGUCAGGUAUGUAACACUGGUGCCAAAGUGGCUCUGCUGUGCAAUAACCCCCCCCACCACUGUGGGUCCCACCCCCUUCUCCACUCCUGGGGGCUGGUCCUACCCCUUUAGAUGCCUCAGGACCAAAAGUCGCCCCCUUUGGCUCUGCUGAUGUCCACCUGGACACUCUGGGACAAGCUCAGGCCCUGCUCCCUCCCCGUGUUCCUCUCCCAUCCAGCGAGCAUCUGCACAAGGGGCUGUGAUCUGCCCACCCCAGACCCAGGGCUCCAUGGAGCAGAGGGACAGGAGAGUUUCCUGUGACAAGACCCAGUGUGCUGUGACACUCCAGGGGUGGAUGAGUCAGCUGGGGCAGGCAGCACCAAUUCCUCUCCUCCUGGGCCCAGCUCCAGGCCAGGGACAGCCCUUGCUUCCCGGGCUGUUUUGGCACUGCAGUAGCUGUCCUGGAGGACACACCUCCUGCAGGACCUCCACCAGCAGAACCUGUGCCUCUUUUUCUGGCCAAGGACUGCUCAGAGCCCAUCCACUGCCAGCCACAGCUCUGCAGCUCAGCCCCAGGGCUGCAGCUCAGCAGGGACCAAGUUUGCCUCUCACAGCAGACACAUCUCCAUCAGAAGCAGCCAGCCUCACCAGCUCCAGCAGCCUUGGGGUGAGCACGCUGUGUGCCAUCUGCGGGGACCGCGCCACCGGCAAGCACUACGGGGCCUCCAGCUGCGAUGGCUGCAAAGGCUUCUUCAGGAGGAGCGUCAGGAAGAACCACAUGUACUCCUGCAGGUUUAACAGGCAGUGUGUGGUAGACAAAGACAAAAGAAACCAGUGCCGGUACUGCAGGCUGAAGAAGUGCUUCCGAGCAGGGAUGAAGAAGGAAGCUGUACAAAAUGAACGGGACCGAAUCAGCACCCGCAGAUCAAGUUACGAGGACAGCAGCCUGCCCUCCAUCAAUGCCCUCCUGCAUGCAGAAGCCCUGGCACAGCAGAUAUCAUCCCCAGUUCCUGUGCUCAACGGAGACAUCCGAGGGAAGAAGAUUGCCAAUAUUUCCGACGUGUGUGAGUCCAUGAAGCAGCAGCUGUUGGUGCUGGUGGAGUGGGCCAAGUACAUCCCCCCCUUCUGUGAGCUGCCCCUGGAUGACCAGGUAGCACUGCUACGUGCACACGCAGGGGAGCAUCUGUUACUGGGAGCUGCCAAGAGGUCCAUGGUGUUCAAGGAUGUCUUGCUGCUAGGCAAUGAUCACAUCAUCCCCCGGAACUGCCCCGAGCUGGUGGAGGUGAACCGUGUGGCCAUCCGCAUCCUGGACGAGCUGGUCCUGCCCUUCCAGGAGCUGCAGAUAGAUGACAACGAAUAUGCCUGCUUGAAAGCCAUCAUCUUCUUUGACCCAGAUGCCAAGGGGCUGAGCGACCCGUCCAAGAUCAAGCGGAUGCGGUACCAGGUGCAGGUGAGCCUGGAGGAUUACAUCAACGACCGGCAGUACGACUCGCGGGGCCGCUUCGGGGAGCUGCUGCUGCUGCUGCCCGUGCUGCAGAGCAUCACCUGGCAGAUGAUAGAGCAGAUCCAGUUCGUCAAGCUCUUCGGCAUGGCCAAGAUUGACAACCUGCUGCAGGAGAUGCUGCUGGGAGGCUCAUCAAGUGAAACGCCGCACACCCACCACCACCUGCACCCUCACCUGAUCCAGGAGAACCUGGGAACAAACGUCAUUGUGGCAAACACAAUGCCUCCUCAGAUGCACAACGGGCAGAUGUCUACUCCAGAAACUCCACAGCCUUCUCCACCGGCGGGCUCAGGAUCGGAGCAGUACAAGCUGCUGCCUGGAGCCAUUGCAACCGUGGCAAAGCAGCCCACAUCCAUCCCACAGCCUGCCAUCACAAAACAGGAGGUCAUCUAGCAACCCCCACCCAACCAGCCUCCUUCAGGACACCAUGUGGGAGAAAAGCCCAAACUGACUCUGCCACUGUGAAAAGAGAAGCCAUCCAGAGGUCCCUGGGCACGGACACACGGACUUGCUUAUUGGACUGACCACCACCAGAAGGUGUCUUCCUGCAGCUACGGACAGCACGUGCCAUGGGCAGCCCCAGAGGCCCAGAGCUAAGGCUGAAGCCUUGCCAAAACCCUCAGUCCUUGUAAGGAGGGCGAGAUUCCUGCCUCCCUCUGCGGGGAGGUGGCAGUGACUGGCUGCUGCCCCACUGCCACCUCAGCACUGGUUCAGCCACAACAGACCCUGUGAACGAGCAAUUCCCUGUGCCGUGGGAGUGGAGGGCUUCCCUCCCACAGCCGUGCCAGCCUCCCUGACAGUCCCCAGUCCAGCCAGACUUGGUGGAGGUGGAAGCUCCCCCAGGAGCUUCCCAGCAGGUGAAGCACAUGGGGUUUGCCCAGGCAGCACUGCCAGAACUGCUCCUCAGCCUUGGCAAGUCCCAGGUCUUUGUGUGGUGUCACCCACCAGCACACUAAGCCCCCCAGCCAGACCUAACAAAUCUUUUCAGCUGAUGCUGGGGCAAAGUCUGGCCCACCAAGAUACUCCACUAUUUGGAUCCCUCUGCCUCUUGAGGGGGUUUGAUAUUUCCGUGCCAUGCCUGCCCUCUCACCACAAUGCUCGGAGAGGCAACCACUGCCAAGCCCUUCCCUUGCACCGCUCACUGCCUCCUGGCAAUCAGAGGGACCAUGGGACUCCAGAGAUUUCAGCUAACGGGAUGGGGUCACCCCUUUGCAGGCUGGCAGCACUGCCCAAAUAUCACUGGCCAAGCUACUGCUUGUCAGCAGUCAGAAGAAGACCACUGGAUGCCUGUUUGGAAGGAAGUGGGGGAAAGAUGUAGGAAGGGGAAAGACCUAUGGGGUGAGAGGAGCUUGAGCCUCACAGAUUGGACCAAGGUUCUGGGCUUUCUAAGUGCUGGGAGCAUUGGGACCCAGGAUUUCAGUUCAGACCCAACUUAAUGCUAAGAUAUGCCACACAAUCUACUUCUCUAGUGCAGUGCCACUCCUUCAACUUAGAGUGAGUGGCUGAUAACAGGUUUAUAGGUCUUCAUAACAUGAUAAGAAUUCGUUAUGACUCCUUCAGACCUCAGAGUGUUUGAGAGCACCAACCUCAAAAAUACAAUUCUUUGAGUCCUGCACAUAAAAGCCACAGAGGUCAAGCAAUAACCCUGCCUCACCCAAGCCCCUUGGGCCUGCCCCAGCCUUGGGUCUGCCCAGCCUGCUCUGCUCCCUCCUGCCCCUGUUCCUCUGUGCCUGCCUGUGCCAAAACCCGGUGGAUCUGACCUUUGGUUUACAGCUGAAAGCAGGAAAGGAGCCCUCCUGCACCCAGCGCCUGCUCCAGGUGCCAGCAGGGCUGGAGCUCCCAGAGCCCUGCACCACGGCAGGCCUGAGCCACUGCUGGCCUCUCAGGAGGAUGAGGAUGGUGGCCCCACGGCUGCCAAGAGGUCUCUGGUGGGGACAAAUCUGAGCCAGCUCAGCCAGAGGAGCUGCAGGUCUGUCCCUUGAUUUCCAAUGCAAAAUGAAACACGUCGUGCUGGCGGUGUCAGAGGAAUUGUAUGGCCCCAGUGCUGGAGGCGUCGUACCAAGUAAUUUAUUGCAAUGAUGAAUCCAAUCAUUUUCUGUAAAUUAUUUUGUAAAUCACAUUGAUUAUUUAUAAUUGGGAGAUUAAAUGAAAAAAAAAAAAAACACCCAACCCUGUAAUAACCAGGCUGUCUUUUCCAGCUGCAGCAACGUUUUUUCCUGUACGUAGACAUACUUUGUGGGGAAUCCUUUUUGGUCCAUUUGCACCAAGUAUUCCUCGAUAUUGUACAUUAAUUUUUGCCUUCCAAUGGAAACAGAGGAAUAUUUCUUCACAAGAGUUUGUAUUCAUAAAAAAAAGGAAAAAAAAAAAGAAAAAUAAACAAAAAAAAUAUUUUCUAACUUUUCCCAGA